AUGCCGAGGAUAGCACAGCCACAACGAAACUCUGCUGGACCAUGGAGCAGGCUCGAAAAUCAAAAAACACACCUUAAAAAUCUUUGUCUGCAAUACCAGCUGUAUCUUCUUCUGAACAGCCAUAUUCUCGGCCUUUUAAAGAAUGAGAAAGGACUAACCAUCUUCUUCCUGUGUACUUAUUUACCGAAGACAGCAGCUGGUCAUUGCAAGUGGGCAGAAGUUCUAAAGGAUUUGGAGCAGAUCAAAACAUCUGAAGACAUUGAUGUCAGUUUAUACACUGCAAACGCAGAUGAGGAUACGGAAUGUCAAGAACUUGUAAUGAGAUGCUUCUUCUUAGAGAUGAAAGUGAUUCUUCAUGAAUGUUAUAUAACAAAUUGUAGUAAAACACAAGAUGUAUUCAACAUUUUGAAAAAUGGAAAUGCAAGCUUUGAAAAUAAACAGGUGAAUUCCACAACAUCAAAAAAAUGCAAAGAAUGUGAGGAAUAUGAAGAAAAAAAUUUUACAGAAUUUAUACAGAAUUUUGUAAAGGUUAUACAGAGGGACUGCAAAUAGUACCCUGACCAAGAUGCUGGAAACCAAGAGAAUUCAAGGAA